CCAGUCUACUUUCUGAAGGUAAAAAUCAUGUUUUUUUUAAUUUAUAAUUCAAAUUUUGUUAUAUAAUAUAGAACCAAUAAAUAUUCCAGAAGAUCAAACUGAAACAAAUAAUGAAGAACAUGUUGAAGCAGUACAUGAUCUACAAGCUACAUAUAAUUAUCCAAUAAAAUGUUCAUAUCAAACAAAUUCAAAAAGAUAUUCCGAUACAAGAAAUUCUAUAUCGAUUUUAAAACAGCGUGAAAAUGGGUUAAUUAAUUUUCGACGACAUCCUCAUGCUCGAUAUCGUUUAAUGGAUAGAUUAUUACCGAAAGAGGGCGAAGUAGUAGCAUCAACAACAAGACCAACUUUUUGUGGACAAUUUUCUGAUGAUGGACAAUGUUUUAUUAGCGCUUGUCAAGACAGUUGUAUUCGUCUCUAUGAUACAUCAACAUCCCGAACAUUUAAUCGUCUUGCAGAAAUUGAAGUUGAUGAUGUAGGUUGGUCAAUAUUAGAUACAGCUCUAUCACCUGAUCGAACAAGUAUUGCUUAUUCAACAUGGUCACAUUGCAUUUAUUUGGUAAAAUCGAAUGAAAAUCAACAUCAAUCAAACAUUACAUCAUUACAUUUACAACCACAAACAGAUCGUUUUGCCAUAUUUUCUUUACAAUAUUCUAAUGAUGGUUCAGAAAUUAUUUGUGGUUCAAAUGAUACAUGUGUCUAUAUUUAUGAUCUAGAAAAACAAAAACGAACAUUACGUGUUGAAGCUCAUCAAAAUGAUGUUAAUGCUGUUCGUUUUAUUGAUAAUUCAAAUUCAUUGAUUGUUAGUGGUUCUGAUGAUGGUCUUGUUUUAGUAUGGGAUAGACGAGCAUUAAAUGAAUCACAACCAAAACCAGUUGGAAUAUUUGCCGGGCAUACUAGUGGAAUUACUUUUGUAGAUAGUCGUAUGGAUACAAGAUAUUUAAUAUCCAAUUGUAAAGAUCAAAGUAUUAAAUUAUGGGAUAUGCGUCGUUUUGCUAAUGAUUUAACAGUUCAUAAAAGUCGUAUUGCAUCAAAUGCUAUUAACCGUGUUUGGGAUUAUCGAGUUGGAGCACAACCACAAACACGUAAAAA